AUGGACGUGAAGAAUUACGGGUCGGUGGUCAUCGAGCUGGAGGACACCAAGGUCCCGACGACCGUCGACAACUUCCUGAGCUACGUCGACGACGAGUACUACGACGAGCUCGUGUUCCACCGCGUCAUCAAGGGCUUCAUGAUCCAGGGGGGCGGCUACGACCGCCAGUACGAGAAGCAGCCCACGAACGACCCCAUCCCGCUCGAGGCCGACCGGGGUCUGGACAACGACAAGGGCACGAUCGCGAUGGCGCGCACGGGCGACCCCGACAGCGCGACGUCCCAGUUCUUCAUCAACACGGUGGACAACGGCUCGCUGGACCCGGGCAUGGGGCGGGACGGGUACUGCGCCUUUGGGACGGUCGUCGAGGGCAUGGACGUCGUCGAGCGCAUCGAGGGCGUCGCGACGGGCAGCCGCAACGGCAUGGACGACGUGCCAAAGGCGACGGUGGUCAUCGAGCGCAUCCGG